UGAUCAUCCCAUACAGGGGAGCAGAGAGCUAGAGGGUUUAGACAGCUCAGACAACAACAGUGCAGCAAGCCCCCCCCCUCCCCCUCAAGACUCUCGAUCCAGAGAACCGCUCCUGAUCACAGGAGGCCAGAACUUCAGCACCUUUGCAGGAAGCACAUAAAACAGAAAAUGGCGCGUGCUGGCCGACCAUCGCUUUCCCUGAUCCACACAGGAUUCAUGUUAGCUAUUGUUUUAUUACCAGAGUUUCUGGGGGCCGUUCCAUUGGAGCAGCACAAGGAGGAGGAAGUGCCUGCAGUGUCUGAUGAUGUGAAAGCCGAGGCCAUGGCGAGCCUAAAGAAGCUGGUUCGCCAUAGAAGGAACCUCCCCGUCUGGGCUGUGCCCCAGUUCAAACGCCUGCCGGACUUCUGGGGAUGGUACAAGUACUUCAUGGACAGCCACAAUCAGGAGGGAGUUGAGGAUCUGGAUCGUCUGUACAUGGCCUACCUGCAGAACAAGCACAGGUCAGAGGAGGGCCCGACCUUCAACCACUACCUCAAGCACCUCAGUGAAAUCUACAAGACUUGUGCCAAUUCUGAUGAUCCAGAGUGCAUCUCCGAGUCCACCAGCAAGCCAAAGGCUGCAGUGGUGAUGCCCGCCCCCAUCAAGUCUGCUGCCGUCAGGAUGUGCAACCCUUACGUUGACCCAUACUGCCUCUUCCCCCUUGUCCCUAAGGCUGCUGCCCCGGAGCCUGAGCCAGCUCCAGCCAGGGUGCCAGCCCCUAUCUUGACCCCCAUGCUGCCCAUGCCCCUGAAGAGCCCCACUGGCUUCUACUACUACGCCCCCGUCCUGGAGCCCUUCCUGAGCGCUGAGCAAAGGACUGAGCUGCUGAGGAUCUGCAACCCUGAAGAUGUGGAGUGUCUGCAGUAUCACCUGAGGUCAGCUUAUGGCUACCGCCCAGCCCCUGGCCCAGCCCCAUCCUAUGCUUCCCUCAAAUGUGACCCCAAGGACCCCUACUGCAUGCCCCCCCUGGUCCAGAAAGCCCCCACCGGCUUCUACCACCUGCUCUACCCCAGCUGUGACCCAGCAGUCGAUCCACUGUGUGUGACCAACGUUGCUGCUCCUGCUUCUGUCGCUGCAGAGGACGCCCCUAAAGAGCAACACUGCAACCCUCUCUUUGAUGCUGGCUGCAACCCACUGACUGCCACCAAGCUGUCCGGCCUCACCAAGCCUGUGCUGGAGUACGCCCCCAAGUACGAGCCUGCACCUCCUGCUGCUCCUCUGACCUGCGACCCUCGCUAUGACCCAUUCUGCAUACUGGCAGCCGCUGCUGCACUGCGCAAGCCCGCCCCGCAGAUCCCCGAACACCAGGUCCGCUACAAGCUCGGAAUCCUCGGCAAAACCAAGGAGGGCUACGACUGCUAUGUGCACUAUGACAAAGACUGCACCCCGGUGAAGUCUGGCCCCGAGGCCAAGGCCGACAUCAAGGCUCCAGCAAAGCCCUUCUGCCAUCCAUUCGACCCGAACUGCGGCAAGUUUGCUUCACCCUCCGGCGCUGAGGCCCCAGGGACCAGCAAGGAUGGCAUAAUCCUGCCUGACCCUGACUGCGACCCUGAGUUCGACUACAACUGCCGCCUGCGUCGUGCUGAGCCCGCUGCUGUAGCUGAUGAGCCUGCCGCUGCUGAGGAGAAAGCUGCUGAUGAGCCAGCCAAGGAGGCCGCCGUCCGACGCUUUGAAGACUUCCUCAGGGAUGCCAUGAGCCAGUACAAGUAGAUUUCAGAAAUAACAUGACAACAGAAUCAAAACUUGCUAGAUAAUCUACCAGCAGAAAUGGAGCUCAUUUUGUAGUCCUUCAUGGACCACAACCUUCACACAAUCAGUCCAUACAAAACUAUAAAAUCAUUCAGAAAAUAUUGCAGCUUUUAAACAGUGAAUCUGAUUUUCCCAGAUAGCCUGAAGGUCUCCUAAAAGGCCAAGCAACAUAGAACAAUAUGUUGAACUUGUGGAUUAAAUACUUCAUGUAUGUAUGUUUGUAGAAAAGAAUCAUAUGUAUAGAUGUGUGAUAGAGUAGGGGUAGUUUGAAUUUGUGUCAGUGGGUAAGAAUUUCUCUCUGUUGUACAUUCUUUGUUUCCAUUUGAGUUACCCUAAGUGUAUUUAAUGUUGUUUUUCACAUUUUUUCUGUAACACUAAACCUCAUAAUACUUCAUCUUUUUAGUUUUUUUAAAAGUUCUAAAUAAAAAAGGUUUGAAAAA